AUGUCCUUCGAUGACAGGCAAGAUAUAACAGAAGGGGAAAAACCAACCAUCCACAAGCAGAUUGUGAAAGCUAUGUCCAUAUUAGUAGGGAAUACAGACUUCAACAAAACUUACCUAAACGAUAACGUCAUAAUAUCAUCAGCCUACUGGGUGAUGAACAUAGUAGACUCGCAGAAUGUGGCAUAUGGGGACAGGCAAGUUCAAGGGACCGCCACCACUAUGGGCCAGCAGGCUGUAGGAUUCGCUGGUCUGGCAUAUCUUAUGGGCUUCGUGAAAGAGCCCACAAACGAGAACAACCUGGCAUGCACAAAGAGAUGGAGUGCAGGUCUGGCAGGGGUUAAAAAGGUGAAUGCUCUGUCGGAGGCCUGCAUGUCCAGUGUAUGGCUCUAUAUAGUAGAGAAUAAGUCGCGUCUCUAUGGGUGUUAA